AUGGAGGAAGCUACUGGGAGGCAACUUGGCGGGAUCUGGGAUGAUCUGAAGCUUGCUCAUAAGUUGAAGAUUGUUGCUAUUGAAAAGAAGCUCCUAUCUCGAUCGUUUACGCGAUAUGUCAAGGCAAAACUCCCCCUAUGCCCAUACGAGCUUUACAACAAGUUGCUGGAUGUUUCCGACUAUCUUUUGCCGAACAAUAAAGAGCUGAACAGGUCUACCAUCUGGCACUGGGAUAUCCAUGCUCCGAAUCUAUUUGUUGAGGGGAACACGGUUACUGGACUUAUAGACUGGCAGGAUAUCUGGGCUGGUCCUCUCUUCCCGACGUCCGAAAUUAGUAGCUUACAAUGGAGAAAUCAUGCUGGAAUUCCCCAGCACUACAAGGAUAUCGACGACAAAGACGAGAGAGCUCGGAUCCGGGCUCAAGUGGAAAAAUCUAUUGUACUCUGGGCAUAUGCAUCCGACACAAAGAGGACAAACCCAGUCCUCCACGAGAACAUUGACUUACCUCACGGGCGUACAAGAAAAGACGCAGUAGUAUUUUCUACAAACACUUGGGAUGACGAUAUCCUACCCUUCAGACAAUUCAAUGUGACCAACAAAUAUACGAACCGCAGCCAUUGGGAUGAGAUGAACAACGAGGUUGCUUGUCCGAUCAAGUUCACGGACGAGGAACUGAAAACACACUAUCGAGAGGGAGAAGGUUGGAAUGAGCAAGCAGAGUUUUGGGACGCACUGCGAGGGUUUUUGGACCGUGAUGGUUGGACUUCGAAUGAGGAUUACGAACGUGCACUUGAAACCUUCGCUGAACUUAGAGAGCCUGGAUUGAUUGCAGGAUCUAACAUGAGAUGA